AGCAUCGAGCGUCCGGACACCGCUUCUUCCUCGGCUGUCACACAACAGGCACAGCCGCCAGCUAUCGCUAUGUUAUCACGAUCUCGAUGUGUGUACCGGACGCUUGGCCGUUCCCUGUCAGCGGUGAGCCAGGCCAACAAUUUGCUGGUCCGGCAAAGUGUAUCAGGCCUCUCUGUCUGCAGCCGGCUAGUUUACAGGAAUUCUCAGCUAGGUGAAUUUCCAUCAUCGGCAAAUGUCUUCCACAUCAGAUACUUCAAGACAUCUGCUGUUCACAGGGAAGAAGUAGUCACAGUCAAAACUCCUGCAUUCGCAGAAUCUGUUACAGAGGGGGAUGUGAGGUGGGAGAAAGCUGUGGGUGACUCAGUGACAGAAGAUGAGGUGGUGUGUGAAAUUGAGACUGACAAGACUUCUGUACAAGUCCCGGCUCCAGCAGCUGGUGUAAUUGAGGAACUACUGGUGCCCGAUGGAGGGAAGGUAGAAGGAGGAACGCCGCUCUUCAAACUCCGGAAAGGAGCUGCUGCUGCUAAAGCUGCUCCCUCCCCGGCUGCAGAGGCACCAGCUGCGGCAGCUUCAGCCCCUCCUCCUCCACCACCUCCACCUACUCCAGCUUCAACCCCCACAGCCAUGCCCCCAGUGCCACCUCAGGCUGCCCCAGCUAAACCUGUUUCUGCCGUCAAACCCACUCCUGCAGCUCCAGCAGCAGCUCCUCCAACAGCAGGAGGCAGAGGAGAAAACAGGGUGAAGAUGAACCGUAUGAGGCUGAGGAUCGCUCAGAGGCUGAAGGAGGCUCAGAACACCUGCGCCAUGCUGACCACCUUCAAUGAGGUGGACAUGAGCAACAUUCAGGACAUGAGGAAAAUCCAUAAGGAUGCUUUCUUGAAGAAGCACAGCAUCAAACUGGGUUUUAUGUCGGCGUUUGUGAAGGCUGCAGCUCACGCCCUGACUGAACAACCUGCUGUCAAUGCUGUUAUUGAUGACACAACCAAAGAGAUCAUCUACAGGGAUUAUGUGGACAUUAGUGUUGCUGUGGCAACUCCAAAGGGGCUUGUUGUACCAGUGAUCCGUAAUGUUGAGACCAUGAACUUCACUGACAUCGAGAAAGCCAUUAACGCACUGGGAGAAAAGGCUCGUAAUAAUGAGCUUGCUGUCGAAGAUAUGGAUGGAGGCACCUUCACCAUCAGCAAUGGUGGUGUGUUUGGCUCCAUGUUUGGUACACCCAUCAUCAACCCCCCCCAGUCUGCCAUCCUGGGCAUGCAUGGCAUCUUCGACCGACCUGUGGCCAUGAAUGGCGAGGUUGAGAUCCGGCCCAUGAUGUAUGUGGCACUGACGUACGACCACCGACUCGUUGACGGUAGAGAAGCAGUCACUUUCUUACGCAAGAUAAAAGCUGUGGUGGAAGAUCCACGCGUUCUGCUUCUGGACAUGUAAUGUGUCUGUAUGUAAUAGAUCAGCUGCAGAAAAUGGACUCCACAACACAAAAACACGCACAAGUCGCACAAAACCACUCACAUAACUAUUGUUGUCUUUUUAACUGUUCAGUCCCACUGCAGGGGGAUACUGAGGUUGUGUUCCAACACUCAUAUGGGGCUUAUACAUGUAGUGCUAUCUGUAGAGAGUGAUUUGAAGCAUCUGCCUUUUACUAAAUUAGAAAAGCAAACAAGGCUCAGUAUCUUCUGUCUGUAAAUGUUUGGCUACAUUUGGAUUUAUUAAAGAGACGAGUCACAUUUAACUUACAUGUCUUAGGACAAAAAUUGGCAGACACAGGCAGAAAAAUGUGGAUAACUCGUAUAUGGGUGUUUUUAUUAUAAGCAUGUGCUCUUCAGAUGGACAUGAAGCAGUAGAUAAACACUCGCUGCAUCCUUGUCACAGUAAUCAUGAAACACAAAUGGCUUUUCCAGGCAACUGUUGACUGCAAGACUUUCUCCCCUGCUUGUUAGUCGGUGCUUGUGAGCCACUUUUUCCACAGCGGGGCAAAGCAGAGCUCACUCCAAUUAGUUCAAGAUGUUUUAAUGUCAACACAAGACUGAAAGAUUUCUUUGGUUUGCCUCUGGUCAUUGUUACUGGCUUCAGUCUGGAAAAAAAGACUCAGCGAACAGGAAACCAGGUCUUGAGUGGAACACGUGUGUGUCAGCGCCAUGCCUUUAAAUCCAUGUCAGCUAUCUGAUGGGCAUGUAUGAGGUGACUCAGUUCAGUUAUAGUCCUACUUUCACACACUCAUUCAUGUCCUAUCACUUUGACUUUUUUUUUUUUUUUUUUUUUUAAACCUUUCUCGCUGUUGUCAGGCAGUCAACGUCUAAAAAUACUGGUAAAAAGACACAAGUAAAAUCACUCAUUAGCAGAAAAUGUACAAAACACAAACCAAACACUUUGUUUUCUAACAUAUAGAUACAGUAUGUUGUUACUUCAUGGGCAAUAUGUUGGGAGGUAUGUUCAAAACGCACAAUUUGGCAGCAUAUUUUUAUGUUAAGCUCCAUUGUUGAAAUUUUCAUUGUGCUAUCCUAUAUAUAAAAUACUUGUAUCUAUUUAAAGAAACAAUUUUAAACAUUAAACAUCUCAAGAGUUUUAUGUACUAAAA